AACCCUAAAAACCCUUGAUAUAAAAGAAACUCUCGUCGCCUCCGCUCUCAUUUCUCCAUCUUCAGCUCAGCGAGGAAGCCUGUUUCUGCAACUUCACAGCCAUGGGUAAGGGAACGGGGAGUUUCGGUAAGAGGAGGAACAAGACACACACACUGUGUGUUAGGUGCGGCCGCCGCAGUUUUCACCUUCAGAAGAGCCGCUGCUCCGCCUGCGCUUACCCCGCCGCCCGCAAGAGGACCUAUAACUGGAGUGUUAAAGCUAUACGCCGAAAGACCACCGGAACUGGACGCAUGAGGUACCUUCGCAACGUACCCCGCAGAUUCAAGACCAACUUCAGAGAAGGUACUGAAGCUGCACCAAGGAAGAAGGUUGCUGCUGCUUCUGCCUAAGUGUAGGCUUCUCUUGAUUGUACUUUUCCAUUCGUAUUCCGAAAGAAUUAGAGUGCAAGUUAAUUUUGAAACUCCAAUUUUCGUUUGUUGGAUACUUAGUUUUGGUUCUGAUUUUGUUGAUGUACUUUGUUGGGCAUCUUAUUAUGGAUGAUCAAAGACCAUUUUUUUACUUAUGUGCUUUCUUUCGUUAUUAUAACUAUCUUUCUUUUCUCG